CGCCGUCACACACGCGAGUUGAGAAGCCGUGGAGCUGUUGAGGCAAAACCAGUCUGCUGUGUGGUUUCAAAUGGAGACCGUGUGUCCGGUCGACGCUCAGUUCGGCAAUGAAAUCUCUGCUCUUCUCAAUCCUCCUUCUCCUCUUCAAGUUCAGGGGUAUUUCGAGGAUCUUAUAUCGACGAGGCAAUGGCGUGGUAUCAAAGUGAAACAAAAUGGAGAGUUUGGAAAGGGUGUCUACGCUGACAUGGACUUCAAGGAAGGGGAGCUUGUUUUGAAAGACCAGAUGCUUGUGGGUGCUCAACAUUAUUCAAACAAGAUUGACUGUUUAGUAUGUAGCUUCUGUUUUCGUUUUAUUGGUUCAAUAGAACUUCAAAUUGGAAGGAGGCUUUAUUUGCAAGAUAUAGGAGUUUCUGUGAAUCAUGGAUCUGAUAUGGAAACCUUUAAACACAUAUCAAGUGAUUGCUAUGGGACUGAUUCCUGUGACGGAAAAUACAAUUCCCAUUUGAAAAACUUUGACAACUUGGGAAACUGUGCUUCUAGCAGUUCCAAAGAGAUAUUUAGCAUCCCUAGAGAAGUUGUGGAAUCAUUAAUGAAUGGUGAAUUGGUGUUGCCUCACUCCAAAGAGUUCUCCUUGCCUUCAGCUGUUCCAUGUCCUGGUGGAUGUGGAGAAGCUUACUACUGCAGCAAAUCAUGUGCAGAGGCUGAUUGGGAAUUGUCUCAUUCCUUACUUUGCACUGGGGAGAGGUCAGAAUCAUUAUGCAGGAAGGCACUUAUGAAAUUUAUACAACAUGCUAAUGAAACAAAUGAUAUUUUCCUCCUUGCUGGAAAGGUUAUCGCUUCCACCAUAUUAAGGUACAGGAAGCUGAAAGCAACUCAUCUCAAAGAACAAAAGAAGUCUGCUACACCUAAUAUUUCAGACUGCUUGGAUAUAUCUUUACUCUUGGAGGCAUGGAAGCCAAUAUCAAUGGGACACAAAAGAAGGUGGUGGGACUGCGUUGCAUUGCCAGAUGAUGUUGAUUGUUCUGAUGAAGCUGCUUUCAGGAUGGAGAUAAGAGAGCUAGCAUUUACGUCACUACAACUUCUCAAGGCAGCCAUCUUUGACAAGGAAUGUGAGCCAUUGUUUUCCCUGGAGAUAUAUGGGCAUAUCAUUGGCUUGUUUGAGCUGAAUAAUCUUGAUUUGGUUGUAGCAUCCCCUGUGGAGGAUUACUUUUUGUACAUUGAUGAUCUUCCAUAUCCUGAAAAGCAAGAAGCUGAGAAAAUUACGCGACCAUUUCUUGAUGCUCUUGGAGAUGACUAUUCAGUUUGUUGCCAGGGAACUGCUUUUUUCCCUUUGCAAAGUUGUAUGAACCAUUCCUGUCAUCCUAAUGCGAAAGCAUUCAAAAGAGAAGAGGACCGAGAUGGCCAAGCUGCAAUAAUUUCACUCAAGCCCAUCUGCAAGGGAGAAGAGGUUACCAUUUCAUAUGUAGAUGAGGACCUUCCAUUUGAAGAGAGGCAGGCAUUACUUGCUGAUUAUGGUUUCAAAUGCAAGUGCCCCAAGUGCUUAGCUGAGGAGCCAUGACCAAAACAUUUCAAAAUUUCAGUUAUGGGAAGAGCCUAAGACCUGGACAAUAUGCCUUUGAAAGAGCAUUAAGUCACCAACUUGUAGCUUUUCUUCUUCUUCUCCCUUUUUUUUGAGAUAAUAUUCAGCAUUUCAGGGUUUUGGUUUGUAAGAGUUAUAGACAGUUCUUAUUUUUAUUAAUUCCAUUGUUUUUUCUUGCUUUUCA